AUGUUACGUGAUGAUAACAGGACGUGUACAGAUAUCAAUGAAUGUACUAUCUUUAAUGGUGGAUGUGAAGAGAUAUGUUCAAAUACCAAUGGAUCAUUUUUCUGCUCAUGUCAGCAAGGAUAUGUUCAUGAUGAUAACAGGACGUGUACAGAUAUCAAUGAAUGUACUAUCUUUAAUGGUGGAUGUGAGGAGAUAUGUACAAAUACCAAUGGAUCGUUUAUCUGCUCAUGUCAUCAAGGAUAUAUGUUACGUGAUGAUAACAGGACGUGUACAGAUAUCAAUGAAUGUACUAUCUUUAAUGGUGGAUGUGAGGAGAUAUGUACAAAUACCAAUGGAUCGUUUAUCUGCUCAUGUCAUCAAGGAUAUAUGUUACGUGAUGAUAACAGGACGUGUACAGAUAUCAACGAAUGUUUUAUCUCUAAUGGUGGAUGUGAGGAGAUAUGUACAAAUACCAAUGGAUCAUUUAUCUGCUCCUGUCAUCAAGGAUAUAUGUUACAUGAUGAUAACAGGACAUGUACAGAUAUCAAUGAAUGUAUUAUCAACAAUGGAGGUUGUGAACAAACAUGUGUCAAUGAUGUGGGGUACUUACAACUGUUACUGUAG